ACUGCUACUCAGACAGAAAGCAGUUUUUUUUUUAGUUGUGCUGGAAUGUGCAGCUUAUUUAGUUUACCAAGGAGCUAAAAAACUGAAAACUGUGCAGGCGGCAGGAUGUGGCUGCAAGGUGAGGACAGUGCAGCAGCAGAGUCUGGAGGAGAGAGUGAUUUGUCCUCCGAAGAUGAGAGAGACUUUCAGUAUGAAAUCCUGGAAAUUCAGCGGGAUGAAGCCAAUCAGAGACUGUCAGAAUUGGAGGAAGUGUCCAAUCAGCUCCUGAAAGAGAUCGAUGUACUGGAGAUCCAGUUCCAGAUGGAGCGCUCCUGCAGGGAGAGUGCUGAGGCUCUGGCUGUCAAAGUGACCAAAGAGAACAAAGUCCUGAAGAGGACGAGCCAGAUGCUGAUGCCCCUCAUCCCCGAGCUGCCUGAAAACUUGGCUGCUGUGACCUUUGACCCAGAGGGUGACCCCGCGGUUAACUGUGAUGUGGUUGACCUUGGUGAGGACAGCAAUGAGGCGACGCUGCUGCUGGAGAGUCAAGCCAAGAUCGCAGAGCUGCAGACGUCAGUGGACGGUCUGCUGGCUGAGAAGCUGCAGCUGGAGCAACAAGUGGAGGAUCUGACCAGAGAGCAGGCCCAACUCAGAGAGCAGCUGGUUCAGGAGGUCGAGGAGAAAGAGGCCAUACUGAGGAAGAUGGGCAAGCAGAGCAAAACCAUGAAUAAAAUCAAACGAAUGUCCCAGCUUGUCACAGAGGAGUUCACAGAGAUGUCUCAGAAGCUGGAGCUGGAGCAGGGCCUCCGGCAGCACGCUGAAGUCUUCGCCCACCAGAUGAUGGCGCAGCAGAGUGCGGCCCACAGGCAGAGCAUGAUGCUGAUGCAGAGCUCGGAGACCAGCCUGCAGCUGCAGCAGGCGCUGGACCAGAUCUCCACCAUCAGCGCAGCCCUCAGUGAUAUACAACGCCAUUACCAGGAGCAGGUAAAACAAGGUCAGAGCGCCAUGGAGGAGAGCAGCCUCCUCUCUGAACUGCAGAACCUGAAAGAGCAGCUGGACAGGAGUGAGGAGGAGAGGAAGGCCUUAGAGACUCAGCUGUCUGAGGCUAACAGCACUAGCACACAGCUCCAGGAGAAAGUGAAACAGUUGCAAGAUACACUGAACAGAGAGGAUAAAACUGAUGAAGCAGAGAAGGAAUCCACUCCUGCUCCACCUCCACCUCCACCACCUCCCCCUCCGCCUCCUCCACCUCCUACUACUGUCACCAAUUCACUUGAUUUCCUGAGAAGCAGGAGGAAAAAUGGAUCCAGCAAGGCUGAUCAGAACAAAGCAGCACCCUUACUGGACAUGAAGGCGAAAGCGGUGGAUGAAAUGAUGGAGAGGAUAAAGAAAGGCAUCGUCCUGAGGCCCAUCAAGAAAAUACAGGAGGAUGACAGCUCGUGGACGGACCAGAGGAGUGAAAACAGAAAAUCCGUCAUCCUGGAGCUGAAAGGAAUGCUGGACCACAUGAAACGCCAGCCCCACCGCAGAGUGCCGUCCACGAGGCGAACUGGCCGAAAUGUCGGGGAAACGGAGCUCCUGCGGGUUCUCCAGAGGAGGAGGACAGCGAUGGGAGAGAGCCGGGACUCGUCCUCCUCAACGCAAACACAUGACCCUCAGGCAGGUCCGCAGCGUGUCCCAGCAGCAGGAGACGUGCCCUGGGCAGGCGAGAGCGGCAGCGCCCCUGUGCUCCGGAGGCUGAGACAAAACCGAGAGAAGAGAGACUCUCGCAUCAGAGCAUCGGCACUGCUCAUCAGCCAAGACAACUGAGAGCAGGAAAUGCAGCUUUUAAACAUCACUGCAGUUUAAGUGUCAUUGCUGUUUUAUACGAUGAUGUGCUGAAGAUGAGUCUUUUUUUAUCAGUGAUUUCCAUUCUUUUAGAUUUUAAAGGGACUUUUUUUUAUCCUAUCUGUUGGAUUAAUACAUGAAUGCAUUACCUUUGCGAUCAUUUACAAUAAAAUAUCAGUGAUCUUGGUCUGUA